GGUUUUAUCCAGUUGAUACAGGUUGGGAUAGACAUGCCCGAGUUCUUCUUUGUUAAGUCGAUAUUCGUUUUCUCGUGCAAUAACUAUUCCUGCUCACCGGAAUUGUAUUACUCGCGAGAUGUCGACCGGAGCAGAUGACAUCCCCACGUUUAAGUGUGUACUAGUUGGCGAUGGAGGCACAGGAAAAACCACAUUCGUAAAACGCCACUUAACGGGUGAAUUUGAGAAGAAGUAUGUAGCGACACUAGGAGUAGAAGUCCAUCCACUUGUAUUUCACACUAAUAGAGGCCCAAUUAGAUUCAAUGUGUGGGACACUGCUGGUCAGGAAAAGUUUGGUGGUCUUCGUGACGGUUACUACAUCCAAGGUCAGUGCGCCAUCAUCAUGUUUGACGUAACAUCGCGCGUCACGUACAAGAACGUUCCCAACUGGCACAGAGAUUUAGUGCGGGUUUGUGAAAACAUCCCUAUAGUCUUGACUGGCAAUAAAGUUGACAUCAAGGACAGAAAAGUGAAGGCCAAGUCAAUCGUAUUUCACCGAAAGAAGAACCUACAGUAUUACGACAUCAGCGCAAAGAGCAACUACAACUUUGAGAAGCCGUUCUUGUGGCUUGCACGGAAGCUCAUCGGCGACCCCAACCUCGAGUUUGUCGCCAUGCCAGCGUUGGCGCCGCCGGAGGUUCAGAUGGAUCCUGAGCAAGUGAAACAAUACGAGGAAGAGCUGAAGCUAGCCCAGCAGUCGACCUUGCCAGAUGAUGACGACGACUUGUAAAGAUUUGAUCAUGCCUUAGUAAGGGGGGGGGGCUCGCUUUUUUUUCAUUUCCUUUCUCGAUGACGAUGUUUAUAGUGUAAAAUUAUGGGCUUUUUGAAUACCCGACAACUUCUAUUCACGGAAGUAGCGUACUUUUGUGUAAUUUCAUUGUUGUUAGUUUUAGUGACAAAUUUCCACCAGCAAGAUGCGUAGCUAAACAAAACUUUCAGAUAUUUAAAUGUACUGAUCGGCUCUGCAUCAUUUCAUAACUAUCUUGGUCUAGGAACGGAUUGUGCUGUUGUCUAGGAAAUGUAUUUUUAAGUUAUAGCUUUGCAUAUUAAGGCAACCUGUAGAGCAAAUGUAUAUAUUGAAUUUGAAUGGAUCAAAAAUGAUCGGCAAUUGGUAUGAAUAAGCAGCUUGUGUGCUUGUCUGUAUAGAAAAUUGUUAAGAACCCAACAAUUGCCCCCUAAUUAAUGUCCUUGCAUUCCGUGUGUAGCAACUGGAUGAAGUCGCAGAGGGUUUUACUAAAGAUCUUGCCUACGCAGCAUUGCUAUUUUUUUAUAUCGCAAAGGACUGAACAAACGUGCCGUCGUAUUGAAAUGGAAUCACUAAUUACGCAUGCGUUUGUUGUUUCCAGAGGAAAUUUCGCUUCUCGGAUUGGUAAAUUCAUGCCGAGGUGUAAUAGAUGUUCGCCCUCUAAUUGGUUGACGUUUGACCAGCCUUUUGUAAUGAACCGUAGCAUAUCCAAGUCGCUGCGGUAAAAGUUGAUGGCUCAUCGCGAGCUGAGAAUUUCCAGUGUCGGCAUCGUGUUUGUAUCUAUAAAUACCAGACUUCCCUCAUCUCGUGUUCAGCUGCAGGUGGGUCGGUCCGCCAUUUUGUAAGUCCAUGUUCGCGUAUGUAAUAAGAAAUUGGUGCGAAAAAGAUAUGAAAACAGUAGAAAAAUAAAUAGCAUAAAAAGGUCCGCAAAACCUUUGAGUCGUAAUACUGAAUAUUAAUAAUGGUUAUGUACUAUACAGUUGUUUGCACUUUCAUCUGCAGUAUUUAAACAUCCACAUUUCACAUAGUCUAUGUAGGUGACAGCAAACAUGCACGUUGACGCACACGUAAUGUUAUCUAUUUGAAUGUUCGUUCGAGGCCGUCACUGGUGCUUUAUCUAGCAGACUGACGCUGGGAGAUUGUCUAUUAAAUGAUAGUUGCAUUCGGUCCCACGGGGGCUCGAUUUUGAAGCCUGCCCCGGGACGUUUUGUAUGAAUGCAUGUUUGUGGAAUGAGUGUGUAUGUGUGUGAAUGCAAGUUGUGUGGUGCUCUCCCCAGUUUAGCCUGCUGGGGUUGUUGGUUCAUGGUGGGCUUAUGAGGAUCCUAUUCUGGUGGUGGCCGUAAAGCCGAGCCGACCUUCAGCAGAUGUCACUAACAAAGACGCGUCGUUUCGCAACGAGAGCCUUAUCAUGUAUAUACGAGUAGCUUAUUUACCCCGAGAAGAUUGAACCCUCUGUGAAACAUUAAUGUUGGGUCUUGUCGUUUUCGUGGGAGACUGAACGUCCGGUAGCAACUGGCCGUGAAAAAAUCUGAGAAGCAGUCUCGAUGGUGCGGUUGAGAUUACAGAUACAUUUUUGGUGGAAGCUUUUGGGUUUUAUUUGGGCAGGGCACCGUACUGCUGAGCGACUUGAGUGCGUGAAUGAUUGGUUGUCAGUAAGAGGAGUUGUUAAAUUAUUCAAACUAGUACAAGUGUACAUUUAUUUUUCGAUUAAGAUGUAAUUGUACAAGUGACAAUACAAUUAAUAAACCACAACUGCUUCCCGGUAACACAAA